AUGAUUGGUCGUUAUAUAUUCGUUUGUCUGUAUUUUAUUUCAUUUUUUUUUAUCAAUCGUGUAUAUGAUUUAUAUCAAUAUUAUUUUCGUGUAUCAACAAAUAAUUUAUUUUCUCAACAAAUUGUAUCUAGUAAUCAAUUAAAUAUUAAACAAUUGCAACAUAUUCUUAAUCUACGGGGUAUAACAUAUGUAAAUAUUAAUGAAAAAUAUGAUUUAAUUAAAAUGGUUGAACAGACAGGUUCUGUUCGAAAAAGUGAAUUGUCUGAACCUGUUGAAGAUCAUACGAAACGUCAACCAACAAUAUUUUCAUCAUAUAAACAAUUACUUGAUUUUGUUGAUGAUUGUAAAGAUACUAUCUGGUUUAUUCAUCUUGUACCUAAUAAACAACAUCGUCAAUCAUUAAUUUAUCUUUCUUCAGAUAAAUGGCAAAUAAUUGAACGUCGUUUAUCAUUAUUUAAUAUUCAAACAGGAAUAUUAAAUUGUUCAGAUAAUGAAUAUUCUAAUUUAUGUCGAACAUUAGAUACUGAACGAUUUAUUUUACUUGUUCCAACAAUAAAUCGACGUUCAAUUAAUAUUUAUUUCUAUAAUAUUGUUUCAAUAAAACACUACAAUUAUCAAUAUAUAUUAAAAUGGUUAAGUAAAACAUUAGAAAAUCAUAUGAAUAAAAAUUUUGAUUGGUAUGAACUAUCAAUAAAAAAUCGAUCAGUAUUAGAAUUUCAAAUAACAUCGAAUUCAUAUUCAUCAAAUAUACCAAUUUAUUAUUUUACUUUAUUAUAUCGUUAUGGUGCUAUUAUUAAUUUUCGUUUAAAUUUUCAAGAAAAUAAAAAUUUUCAAAUAAAAUAUUCUUUUCAAAAUUCAACAUUAGAUACAUAUAUUUAUAAUAAUAAAAAUAAUUCAUAUAAUAAUUAUUAUGAAUUAUAUUCAUAUCGUUCAUUAAAUAUAUUUCUAUCAUGUUUAACAAUAAAUAUUCAAACAUUAAUAUAUAUUUAUUUUAUUAUAUUAAAUAUUUAUUUUCUGUAUGAUAUUUAUUUAGUACAAUCAUUAUUAUUAUUAUUUAAAAAAAUUUUAAUAAUUAAUAUUAUAUCUGGAUUUUUAUGGUUAUUAUGUUUAAAUUAUAUAUCAACAAAUACAAUUGAUUAUGUUUUACAAAUGAUAUCAUUUUAUUUAAUAAAAUUUUCUCAAAAUUCAAAAAUUUUAAUGCUUAUUAGAAAUGAUUUGUUUAUGUAUUCAAUCAUAUCGAAAUGGAUUUUAUAUUCAAUUAUGAUUAUAUUACAUUUUGGAAUAGGUCUAUGUUUUAGAUGGUAUUUAAAAGAAAAAUUUGGAUUAAUGACAUAUGAUAUACCACAUGAUGUUAUAAUGAUUGAUCAAACACAUGCUUUAUGUUCAAAAGUUUGGCAAUUCGUUUUAUGCAUUUUAUUUUCAGAUCAAGGAUCAAAUGAACAUACUAAUAAUACUUUAUUGCAAUAUUUUUCUCAGGAUAGUCUUUGGUUAAAUCAGUAUUCAUUAUUAACAAUAAAUCCAAAUGUAAAUAUAUCAACUAAUCGAACCAUUGAUUUUAAACAUCUUCCAAUCUGGCGUUUUACAAUUCGACGACGAAAAGCAACACAUGGUACAAGUGAAUAUUAUUCUGAUAUAGAAUUAGAACCAUCUAAUAAUGUAAAUGAACAAGAUUGUACAUUAAAAAAAUCCUUUAUACAUCGACGUAUAACGAAUGUUGCUUCUAUAUCUCAACAAGAUCAUUUUUACACAAGUGAAACUGAUGAAAACAAUAAUUCUUUAAAUUCAUUUCAGAAUGAAAUGAAUAGCAGUGAAAUUUAUCAAUGUUCAAUAUGUCUUGAAAAAUAUUUUAAUAAUGUUUAUAUAUGUACAUUACCAUGUCUUCAUCAUUUUCAUCGAAAAUGUUUAUUUAAUUGGUUAUGUAAUAGUGAAUAUAAUACAUGUCCACUUUGUCGUUCACCGGUGAUGAUUGAAUAA